GGCUGGUGCGCGAACAGGCCCGGAGGCUGCGGGCGGCCCUCGGAGCCCCACAUCCCCGCCACCGAGCCCGCAGCUCUGAGGGGUGGCCGGGCAGCGCCGCCGCCAUGUCGCUGGGCACAGGGGACCCGACCUCGGAGACGGGAGAUGACAGUCUAUCUGCAGUUACCUUUGACUCUGACUUUGAGACGAAAACAAAAAGGAAAAGUUUCCACAAACUUCCACCCACAUCACCAAAAUCACCCUAUCACUCUAAGCCAAGAAAAGUGUCAUCCUGGAGGUCCAUCAGGACUGCAGCGAGCAUGCCGCUGGGUGGUCGAAUGUCCUUAACCCCACAGAAGCUGUGGCUGGGAACUCCGAAACAAGGAAGUCUGACCCAACCCCUGAAAUCAAACCUCACCUUGGAGCAUGCAUGGACCAAUCCCCCCAGCAGCACUCCCGACUAUCUGACAGAAGCUUUAAGAAUGAAGAGGUCAAACCUCAGGCGUUCUGCCAGCAAUGGUCAUGUCCCCGGGAUUCCUGUCUACAGAGAGAAAGAAGAUAUGUAUGACGAGAUUAUUGAGUUAAAGAAGUCGUUACACAUGCAGAAAAACGAUGUGGAUGUGAUGAGGACAAAGCUUCGGCGCUUAGAAGAGGAAAAUAGCAGGAAGGAUCGGCAGAUAGAGCAGCUCUUGGAUCCUAGUCGAGGCUCGGAUUUUGUUCGGACUCUGGCAGAGAAAAGGCCUGAUUCUGGUUGGCAGGUCGUGAAUGGGCUGAAGCAGAGGAUCCUGAAGCUGGAGCAGCAGUGUAAGGAGAAGGACGCCACCAUCAGCAAACUCCAGACUGAUAUGAAGACCACCAACUUGGAAGAGAUGAGGAUCGCCAUGGAGACAUACUACGAGGAGAUUCAUCGUCUCCAGACUCUCUUGGCAAGUUCUGACACUACAGGAAAGAAGUCUGCGGUGGAGAAGAAGAUGGGUGUUAAGAAGCAGAAGAAGAUGAGCAGUGCUCUCCUGAACUUGUCUCGGAGUGUCCAGGAGCUGACAGAGGAGAACCAGAGCCUGAAGGAAGACCUGGACCGUGUGUUGAGCAACUCUCCUACUGUCUCCAAGAUAAAGGCAGGUUAUGUGGAGUGGAGCAAGCCUAGGCUGCUGAGGCGCAUUUCGGAGCUGGAAAAGAAAAUCAGUUCGAUGGAGAACUCGAAAUCAGACACUUCAGACCUGGCCAAAUCCAAUCUGCUAUCUCGUCCUGCAUCGAGCUCCAUGAUGCACAGACAGCCACGAGGGGAUCGGGACCGCCAAGAGGACCAGGAGCAUCUCCGAGGGGCCCUGAGAAACCUGAAGGGGGAGCGGAACGCCCUGCAGGCACAGCUGCAGGAGAAAGAGCUGGAAGUGAAGCAGCUGCUGCUGACGAAGGCUGACUUGGAGAAGGAGCUGGAAAACGCAAGAGAAGACAAGAAGGAGAGAAGAGAACGAGAGGAAGCUUUGAAAGAGGAAAUUCAAACACUUACCAACAAGUUUCAAGAACUGCAAGAAAGUAAGAAAGAAGAGAAAGAUGAUCCCGUGGAAACUACUCAUGAGACCCAAGAAGAACUCCAAGCUUCCGCUCCCUGCAGCAGGCAGUCUGAGCCAGACUCGGGUGCAGACUUGAGUGAGGAGGGGCCCUUGCGGUCCCACUCCCCCUGCACCAAAGGGAGAAGAGACACUGCAGCCAGGACCCUGCAGGCCCAGUGGAAAGUGUACAAACACAAGAAAAGAAAAGCUGUUCUGGAUGAGGCGGCUGUAGUGCUUCAGGCAGCUUUCAGGGGACAUCUGGCUCGGGCAAAGCUCUCACCAAGCAAAGCAUGUGACUCAGAGUCUUCCAGCAUGCCCAGCCUCCCAAAUCAGAGCUCUCCCACAUCCCGCAUUCCGAGCCCCAUUGCCCAGGCCGAGGGCAGCUCCAGGCAAGAGGAAGCCAUCACUGUCAUCCAGUCCGCCCUCCGGGCACAUCUGGCCCGGGCCAGUCACAGUGCUACCAGCAAUGGAACCACCACCGCAGCUUGUGCUGAUAGGCCUGCUUCAGCCACACCCAAGGAAACCUCCUCUCCACCCUUCCUUGCAGCUCCUCCUGAAUCCCAGCCAGGAUGGACCAGCCUCAGCUUGAGCUGCUCAGGACCUGAGAGCCCCUCUGUCCUGCACCAGGUCGUCCAUCUUAGGAGAGAGCCGACGUCGGAAAGCUCUCUUAGACUGAACCGAUGGAUUCUCACAAGGGUGCUGCCCACCCUUCGGUGCCUCCUCUUCCCCAAUAGAACACCUGAUCCUCUUCAACAUGGUGGCCUUCUCAUGUCAACCUCAGGGGACAUCAGGCUGAACUUGAGACCUCCACGGUGGUCAGAGGCUGCUGGCUCCAACACAGCGAGGCUCUGGCCAGGAGCAGGGAGCUUGGCAUUGUCCACCUGCCACAUGGGAGGACGGGGGGUUCUGCCCAGCCCUGGGAUUGGGCCACACAGAGUACAAGGACCUGCAUCACCCUGUGGUUCACUUGUGGCCUUUUCUCCACUUAGACUUUUGUUCACACAGUGGGCCAGGAGCCUGGCCUGUUUAUCUUUUUUCCUUAUUUGGACCAUGGGCUGCCAAAUCAGUUUUCCAUUUUUCUUUAAAAUUGAACUGAUUGGUAACAUAACUGAUUCCUAAGUGACAGAGCCUUGUGUGGACCCUUGCCUCAUUCCAUCCACAUGGGUCUGUCUCCUCUCCAACCCCCUGUUGCAGGUUCAAGGCUACAGGUCUGUAGGAGCCACUUUACCUGUGAAGCACCAAGAGGGUGAUGCAGGUUCCUGCACAUUCAGUGGGGUGGGGGCCUUGAUUCUGUCCCUCUCUCUCCCUCAGUUUCUCAUCAUGUGCUCACUCUGAGGAACUGGUGGCCUAGAGUUCUGGGUCAUAGAUGUUGAGGGAAGAUCAUCACCAUCAGGGACGUCCCUGCUUCAGGAGAGGGUGCUGGGGGCAGGAGGCACCGGGGCAGGUUCCACGUGAUAUCCAACCGCCAUCCUGUACCCAAGACUGUAGGGGCCUGGCCAACGGGCAGAGCUGAAAACAAAGUCAAAGUCAGACAAUGCACUUAACUUUUCCAAGAAAAUGGCCCUGAGAAUUGUAAAUAUGUAAAUUUUCCUAUUUGUCCUCUUUUGGUGCAGCACUGUUUAUCUAUUAAAAGCAAACGUUCUAUCUUGAAGCUACCUCAGUAAAUGACAAUACCUCAA